CUACGAUAGAUACACGGGAGCAAGCCCCCCAAGUAAAGGGCUCAGUCCAACAUAGGGUCUACGACCCCAGAGGACAAUAAACCAAUAUGAGCGAGAGUACGGUAGUUCUCAUGAAGCCCAAUUUGUCUACGUCUUGACACCCUGUUUGUCUCCAUUCUUUUGCGACGACCUGGGAUGAUUCCGUCUUCUAUCUAUCACCUACUAGCACCCCAGGAAAGAUCAACUAUAUUAUGGUCGGCCCCACGUCGUUCCGCUAGGGGAAGGCAGUUCCCACGGAUAGUCAAUUGGUUGUUUGGCCUGCUGCACAUACCUGUAAACGCCUACAAGAUGAACUGGAAAUCAUUGGCAAUAUGUCUCUUGUGUUCGAGUCAAAUCUGUCUCGCAUACAAUGGCAUGGUUAUGUUCAUGGACGAUGGCAUGACUCUUGCCGUAGGGAACAUGCUGUCGUAUCUGCACUUCACGCCAGGAGACACUCUUUGGUUCCUUGGCUGGGUUUCUAAGAGCUCGGGAGCCAUGGUUGGCACAUGUUUCGCACUGUUUAUGUUGGCGGUGAUCGAGCGCUGGAUAGUGGCCUGCCGAGGAGUGAUGGAAUUCCACUGGAGCCAACAGGCGAUUAUCAUCGCGUCGGACAAACUCAAUACUCUACCAACUCGAACACCUCCCAUUGGAUUCAUAAAGCGCUUCACUCCCCCAUUUAUUCCUGCGCAUGACAUCUCACGUGGGGUCAUGUUUGUAGCGCAGACGCUACUGGAUUACCUCUUCAUGCUGACAAUUAUGACGUUCCAGCUAGGUUUCAUAUUCUCCCUUGUGGUGGGGCUUGGAGUGGGAGAAACUCUCUUUGGAAGGUUUGGUAGUGUUACGCGUGCGCAUUAAAUCUAUGCACGUCCGUUUUUGUAAGUAUAGAAUGGCUGCAAAGUAUUGACUUCCUCUUCGUUAUCGUCAGGCAUGCCAAGCUAGGAUAUGUAUCGCUAGUCUAAUUGAAGCUCUUGAGUUGAG